AUGACUCAACCUCAGGAUGAAACUUAUCAACCGAAGAUGUUUCCAGGUGUGGCCUCUGGCAGUCGCACAUACUGGAGCCCUGAAAUGCUGCAGAAGCUGUUCGAAGUCGCAGAGAAGAACAAAGGUCCCGAUUUGACCUCCGACAAGCUCGCCACAAUGGCUGAGGUGGCCAUCAUGGAGAUCCCAGAACCUCAACGCAAUGUCUUGCCGCACAAAGUCAUCAGAAAAAAGAUCGGGGACCUGCCCUACCUCAUCGGAGGUGCCCGAGCCUUUCUUAGAGAGGGUCCUGCUACCAUCGACUUCGCAAAGCUCCACCCUGACGUGCUCUCCAAGGAUGGUUCCAGAAUUUGGGAGGCUGAGAGCAAGGCCAGAACCAGCAAGCCCAAGAGAAAAUUCACAUCCGCAGAUAUGGAGAUUUCAGGCCAAUUCCAAUCUCAACAACCAUCACAGCGAACCAAUCUAGCACCGGUCAACGAGACUUCUGUCCGUACUAAGAAGUUGAAGACCACCAUGAAGGAGUACAGCAUGCAGUUGAUCAUGAGGCCGGCGCCGCCCGAAGAUGUUAUUAGGGCUGGGAUGCAAGACCUUUUUGACCAGGUUGAUAGAACAGUCAACAAUCGCCUUGUCGAGGGUGGACUCUCUGGUGACGAACGUAUCAUGAAGUUUCCACGCAUCAACUCGCCAGCGUGGCAAGGGGUGCUGGAGACCAUAACCGGUGGUGCCGGCCUGGAUCUCGAGCCUCAUUUGGUCAUAAUUGAGGGCAUGAUGAAGAUGGCGCCUCUGACCCGUGAGAUUCUGAUGCGGGCUGUCAUUGCCGCGGCCGUCAGCAGAUGGGCUCUCAUACCGGUGCCCAUGCCGGUGCCGCAGCAAGGCGAGGAGCCACAUACGACCUUCCUAUUCCGGGUCCAUGAGGAGUUGAAGAAAAUGGAUGGGCUGGGCGCAGCAGUCGUCAUGGAAUCGGCAACUCGCAAGUAUCUCAAGGAAGAUGCGACGCCACUAAUACCUCGAAAGGCAGAGCUUAUGGGGGAUGAUGUGGAGGAAUUGCUGGUCCCUUUGAUGCUCCCGGCAUAUGGCGAAAGCAGUAGCAAGAUCCGCCAACUGUCGACAGCGGCCACUUUCGAUGGUACCAGGUUGCCAACAAUGCGGCUUCCUCAAUGGGAGGUAGACUGGAAGCAAGAACUUCGAGGCAUCUUCGAGAGUGCGCUCAAGCUACGCAUUCUCAUGGAGCGAGAAGCGCCGGGCGGGCAGUACACAUUUGAUUUUCCCAAACCUGGUGCGUCUUUUCCUACUACUGAAGAGUCGACAUCAUCGCCAUUGACGCCGGAGCCACCAAUCGAGUACACCAUGAUCGGCUUGCUCCCUUCCAUCGAGGGUCGCUUCCAGAACGAAUUGGGUGGACCACACAGCGAGCCUAGGCUGCUCUCGAAGGCCGUGGUGUUCAGCUUCCGACCUUCUCUACCGCCAAUGGCCAUGGCCAAUGCAGUCAGUCACAAGGAGGUGACAUUGUCGUUGUCCACAGGAGGACUAAACCCAGCCGCAAACACAGCGCCAUCGACGCAACUCUUCAGUCAUGUCGCAAUCAGCAGCGCACCAACCCAGGUCGACGACUCCGAGCAAGAUGAGGGCGAAGAUCAGAGCAAAGACCAGGGUGAAGACCAGGGCGAAGAAGAGGACGAAGUUUCAGCUGGAAACGAUGACGAUGAUGUCGGCAGGGGAGACAAUGAGAUCAACAGAGGCUAG